CCGCCGCACCGCCCGCCAUGACACACGAAAUGUAAUUGUUCUAUUUUGUGCAUCGUGUUGCGUUGUAAUUCAAUAGAAAAUACAAGUGCUUUGUGAUUCGAACAGUUAUUGUAGUGGGUGUAUUUUUAACAGUGCUCCAAGUUUUAAGCUCUGUUGGCAAUGCAGACCGGCAGUGGAGCUAAAAAUCCGCCAUGGGCCCGAUCAAAUGUGAAUACAAACAUGACCGGCAUGAAUCCACAGAUCAUGGAUCCAAAUUCAAUGAUGUCGCAGCAAGGUAUGAUGCCUUUUCAACAAACGCAGGUGUUCAGUCCGGGCAUGAUGCAGGCACAAGGUGGUAUGGCUAUGCCAAUGGCGGGCCAAAUGCCAAUGAAUCAAAUGGCACAAGGUCAGAUGUACCCGGGUAACGUAGUUGCGUACCCGACUCCUCGAGCAAUGAACCCUGGCUUGUAUCAGAACACGCAGAAUAACCAGUCUCAGUCCAACACGGAACAACGAGUCUUCACUGGCACAGUUACAAAAACCCAUAAUGAUUUUGGUUUUGUUGAUCAUGAUGUUUUCUAUCAAACUUCUGUCUGUGCAAAAGGUAUAAUUCCGAAAGUAAACGAUCGAGUACUUGUGGAAGCUACCUAUAACCCGAAUAUGCCGUUCAAAUGGAACGCUACUCGAGUACAAGUGUUGCCAAAGACUGGGCCGAACCAGAAACAAAACCCAUCAAAAUCAAACACAUAUAAUGCUGUGCCUCCACCAUCGAAUAACAAAAAGCCUAUGCCAACUCGUCGUGAUGACCGUCCUAUUCGUAGGGAUGAAAGAAAGCGAUCUCGCACACGAAGCCGCUCCCGCUCCAGAGACAGACGUGACAGCCGAACACGUAGAGACUCUCCACCUCGCAAAAGGCCUGUUGUUCACCAACCUUCACCUGUGAAAUAUGUUGUACGGGUCCCUCGUAUGCCCUUGGACAUACAAAAAGUUGAUGUACCAGGACUGUCUCAAAGAUACACCAACUUGUAUAUUCCAUCUGAUUUCUUUAACGCUCAUGUGAAAUGGGGUGAAACAUUCCCUCCCCAAAUGCCAUUCUCUCUUAACAAUCCUUGUGCAUACCACAUUAUGAGUAGAGAAAUUGAAAACCCCAAUGCCAAUGAUGCUGUUUUGGAGCCACCAGAUGCUGAUUACAAGUUUUCUGCCAAGGUUAUGCUGAUAAGUAUGCCUACAUUGGAGUCACUGUAUCAGAAAUGUGGCCUCACCAAAAUUGAUGAGAAAGACAAGCGUUCCAGCUCUAAGACACCACUGCAUCCGACAAGAUUGAUCAAGUUCCUUGUAGGACAAAAGGGAAAAGGUGGUGAAAACUUUGCUAUAGGUGGACCAUGGAGUCCUUCUUUAGAUGGUGAAAAUCCUGAAUCUGAUCCUGGAGUAUUGGUGAAGACAGCUAUACGCACAUGUAAAGCAUUAACUGGUGUUGAUUUGUCAUCUUGCACUCAGUGGUACCGAAUGGUGGAGUUUUACUACUGGCGCGAGGGCAGCGGCGGCAAGUCUCGUCUCGAGACUGUGGUGUUGUUCCUGCCAGACGUGUGGUCUGCACAACCUUCGCGUGUCGACUGGACCACCGUUCAGGAGCAAUAUAAAGCAGCCUGCGAAGCCGCCAUUAAGAAACUCGACGGUGCGCCUACUUCAGAGUCAUCCAGCAACGAGCAGAGCCAGCCUCCGGCGGCGACUCCGGCCCCUGCGACUGUGGCUGCAGACGGCGAGGCGACAGCGGACAAAUCCCAAAUUGAAUCUACUGAAGGUCUUGACGGUAGCACUAUUACGAUAGAUGAAAAUGAUGAUGAUGACGACAAGCCUGAACCCACGCACUACUCCAAAAUAGACUUGAGGACAAUCAAAGUGGAUCAAUUGAGACAGGAAUUGCGCGCUCGGAACGUCAGUUGCAAGGGAAUUCGCUCUCAACUAAUAUCGCGCCUAUCCAAGUUGCUAAAAACCGAAGAAGAAAAGGAAGGAAAAUCAGAUGAUGUCAUGGAGUUAGAGGACGAUGAACAGGAGAAAGACAGUGAAAAGAGAGAGCCUGAGAAAAAGGAAUCUGAGAAAAAAGACGAAGAUAAUAAAGAGAAGGUAGAGACUUUAGAAGAGAAAGAAGAAAAAAAAGAAGAGAAGAGAGAGAAAACUGACAAAGAAAUAGAGGAAGAGAAAAGAAGGAUUGAAAAAGAGAAACAGUCAUUGAAGACCCGAUAUGAGUUGCCAAGCUCACCUUAUAUAAUCGUGCACCCAAAUGCAGCAGCUAAGGGCGGUAAAUUCAAUUGUAGCGUCGCUACGCUAUCUCUUUUGCUGGAUUACCGCAUCACUGACAACAAAGAGCAUAGUUUUGAGUUGUUUGUGUUCGCGGAAUUAUUCAAUGAGAUGUUGAUGCGUGAUUUCGGAUUCUACAUCUACAAGACACUCUACACCAUUCCUGAGAAUGUAGAGGAAGUCAAAGAGGUAAAGGAGAAAAGCGAAGAGAAAACCGACAAAAAAGAAGCAGAAAAAAAAGAUGAAAAGAAAGAAGAGAAAGACAAAGAUACUAAAGAUAACAAUAAGGAUAAAAAAGACGAGAAACGUGACGAAAGACGUGAUUCGCGGAAGCGAGAAAGACGGGAAUCUCACAGUGACGACGAGCGUAGCGGCUCUCCCCGCCGCCGCAGCCGAGGUGUGGAUUUACCCCCGGACCCAUACCUCUUACUAUCACUCGUCUACUUCGAUACUUCGCGGUGCGGCUACAUUAACAGGAAGGACCUGCAGAAUCUCUUCAUGAGCCUUGGCUUGCAUCUGUCAAGAUCACAAAUACGCAGUAUCUUGGAAAAAGUUUGCAUAAAGGAUAACUUCACUUAUAAGCCUCUGGUGCAAGCAAUUAAAGAUGUCUCUUCUGGCACGCCCGAGGCGAUGCAAGAUCUUCCUUUAGACUCUGUCGCUGCUGUUUCAACCAAUGAGGUCCCGAAUCAGGUGAGCAUGAUUACAGAGUUGGAAUUGGCUAUUGCGGCGGGCAAUCGCGAGUUACUACCUGUAUUCAAUCGGCCGAGUCAAGAGGCCUCCUCAACUUCGGCCGAAACUAAGGACGUUAGUGACACUGGUGUGGUGGUGUACAAGUCGCGUGUAGUAGACGUGGGCGCGCUGGUGGCCAGCGCGGCCCGCAGCGCUUUGGUGCGCACCAAACUGGAGGACGAGCUGGAGAGCACGAAGCGCGCGCUGAAGGCCGCCCGCGCCGCCGCUGCGCACACGCUGCAGGCCGAACGCGGUGCGCAGAACCAGCUCUCCGACGUCAGCGAGCACCUCGCCGCCGCCAAGGCGCGGAUCACCUCCCUCAUGGCAAGUUCCAAGAUAUUCCAUUCCGCAUUAAAGAGUAUUCAGGCAAAAGUGGAAGCUGUUGUCAAUAUCAAGUAUGAAGAUGAUGACUGCAUUGAAGUUGUAAAUGGUCCUACAAAAAUUGAAAAAGAUGUGAAGAAAGAGAAAAAGGAAGCAGAUGAUAAUGCUGACGUGAAAGAAGUUAUUGAGAUCGGCAGCGAUGCAUCAACCAAAACUGAAGUGAAAGAAGAAACCUCAGGUGAAGCUGUGGAAAAGGAAAAUGAUAUAAUUUCCUCAGAAAACAUGGAGAUCGACGAUAAGGAAUAGGAAUUAACUAUUAAGUAAAACUUUGUUACACGUGGAAGUAUGCUUAAUACAUUAGCUAAACAUUUUAAUUGUUCAAAUACAACAAGGACGGAAAUCAGGAUGUUUAAUUAUUCAUUGAAAAAAUAAUGUUACUUCGGAUAUUGCUUGUGGUAGCAUGAUGCCGCAUAACGGAAUGACGUUACCUUACGGUAUUACAAUUUGAACAAUUGAAAUAUUAUAUUUCCGCCUUACAAAUGAUGCAGCGAAUAAUACAAAUUUCAGAAGCAAUAUCGAUGUUUAGGCCAGGUAUAUAUAAAGUAAUGGUUAUAAUAAAGUUUGCGAUAUUUUCCAUUACUGAAUAUCUUAGUAUGUGAUAUCUGGUCAACAUUAUUUGUAAGUGGAACUAAUAGAGGUGUACCUACAUUUUUCGUGUAUGUGUGGAACCGAUAGAGGUGUACCUACAUAAUUCCAUAGGGUGU